AUGGCCGAGCAAGAGAUCAGCCUUGCCCCUCAUCAGGCACAAACUAAUGCCCAAAAUCAGUCUCAGAAUGAGGGCCAGGGUUCAGCAUCACGUUCUCGAGGAGGCUCACGUGGAGGACGCCGUAGGGGAAGGGGAGGACGGAAUCGUGGCCAGCGACAGGAUGAUUCAGCACAAGGUCCUGAAGGUCACGGAAACGCCCCUCGGACAGAACCUGCCGAUGCCACUAUUGCUGCACAAACCAUAGCCGCCUCGACAGGAACAGUAGCUUCUGCCGCCCCCGAGAGUUCAGGAGCUUCUCGAGGCAGAAGAAACCGACGAGGUAAUCGAGGUGGUGCUCGGGGGCAAGGAAACCAAGGAAGAGGCGUUUUUUCCAUGGGACCGCAGCGCACUUUUGGUGGACGCUUGACUACAACUGAACAACCAACAGAGACUGCUCAAGAUGCGUCUUUGAGUGCAGACGCCCCAGAAUUCGUGCCCGGACAGCCCGUAUCCCAGAGGAGUGCCCAACAGCAAUCAUCAAGCGCCUCCCAGCCUACAGCCCAAGGACGCUCAAGAAACCGGCCUAGGAACCGGAAGCAGGACAGACCCCGCCAAGAGGUUCCCAAGUCAACUGCCUCAGAAUUAUGGCAACGGAUUCAGGAAGACAUCGCUAAUUGGAAUUAUGAGUGCCGUAUCUGCACCGAAGAAGUCACUCGAAAAACCGAGGUCUGGUCGUGCACUACUUGCUGGACCGUCGUUCAUCUUGAAUGUGCCCAUCAAUGGUGGGAUACGUCUAUGAAAGUCAACGAGGAAAGCGGUGACCGAUCAUGGCGCUGCCCUGGAUGUAACUCAACGUUGACCGACGAACCAGGCGAUAGUUCGUGUUGGUGCGGCAAAGAAACGCAUCCCAAUCGGAACAGCAUCUUGCCUCCUCACUCAUGUGGGCAAACAUGUUCCAAGCCCAGAUCGACAUGCUCUCACCCAUGCACUCUUCAAUGUCAUCCUGGGCCAUGCCCGCCAUGCACUGUAUUGAGCCCACCGGAGCCUUGUUACUGUGGAAAGCACUCUCAGCGGAAGAAUUGUAGGGAUACUGAUUACUACAACGGGUGGAGCUGUCGAGAGCGGUGCGGCGAUUUUCUACCUUGUGGUCAGCAUGAGUGUUCUCAAAUAUGUCAUCCAGGUGUCUGCGGUAUCUGUGAGGUGACGAUCGAAGCUAAGUGCUACUGUGGACGAGUACAAAAGGAGAUGCAAUGUUCCAAACAGGACGACAUCUGUGAUUCGUUCGACCCCGCCAACAAUUCUUGGUUUGAGGGCUCUUUUAGCUGCGAGAGUGCUUGUGGAAGAACCUUCGACUGUGGUGUACAUCGUUGCCAGAUCUCUUGUCACCCGCAAGAAGAGAUCCCAGCUCAUUGUCCCUUCUCUCCGGACGUUGUCACCAAUUGUCCUUGUGGCAAGACACCACUCAAGGAACUCAUGGAACAGCCCCGUCAAACUUGUGAAGAUCAUGUUCCCCACUGCGAGAGGAUUUGUGAGAAGAAGCUGGAAUGCGGUCAUCUCUGCCAAUCCUUGUGCCACACUGGGGAAUGCGACCCUUGCACCCAAACGAUGGAAAUAGACUGCCGCUGUGGCCGAGUCACGGGUGAGACGAUCUGCCAUGAGGGAGACGUUCAGCAACCCCUAUGUUUCAAAAUAUGCCAGGCUACUCGCAACUGCGGAAGACAUCGAUGCGGAGAGCAUUGUUGCCCAGGUGAAAAAAAGGCAUCUCAGCGUAUUGCUCAGCAGAAGAAGCAACGCCUGGGCCCUGAAUCACUACCAGUUGAGGCCGAGCAUAUCUGUGUCGCCGUCUGUGGAAGACCACUUAAGUGUGGUAGUCACUUUUGCGAGCAGCUCUGUCAUCGCGGAGCUUGCCAGAGCUGUCCUGAGGCUAUCUGGGAAGAAGUUUCGUGCAAUUGCGGCCAGACAGUUUUACAUCCACCGCAACCAUGCGGAACGAGACAGCCAUCUUGCACUAACCAGUGCCAGCGGCAGACUGCCUGUGGGCAUCCUUCUAUUGACCAUCAGUGCCAUCCUGAUGAUGUAUCAUGCCCGCCAUGCACAUACCUCGUUCAGAAGCGGUGCAUUUGUGGAAAGACGACCUUUCACAACAAGCCUUGCCAUUUGCAAGAGGCUCAUUGCGGAGAACAAUGCGGGCAGAAACUCUCUUGCGGGCUUCAUACAUGUAAAAAGCUCGUCUGCCAUGGACAAACUCCGUGUAAAGAAUCAACAGCUUGUCAGGUCAAGAUGUCCACCAGCUGUGCAUGUGGUAAUCACAAGCAGAGCUUCAAAUGCUUAGCAAGUACGAGCAACCCUACUCCGAGUCGACCGGAAAUUCGAUGUGAUGAGGAGUGCGAACGCCUUGAUCGCAAUCGUCGCCUGGCCGCAGCUCUCAAUAUCGACCCUGCUUCUCACACCAAUGACCACAUCCCAUUCUCGGACAAUACUCUUAAGCUCUAUAAACAGAUGCAAUCUUGGGGAGAUGCUCAGGAGAGCCAAUUCCGUGUUUUUGCUGCCAACAAAGACGAAGUCCGCUUACGAUAUGAGCCGAUGAAAAACCAGUCACGCCAAUUCCUUCACUUGCUUGCUGAAGACUUCGGCUUCGAGAGUAAGAGCGAGGACUACGACAUUCACCGGUCUGUUCUAGUGUGGAAAUCAGAUAAGUUUGUUUCGGCCCCGACGAAAACACUCGCCCAGUGUGUCAAGAUCCGAGCAGCUCAAGCUGCCGAAGCUGCGGCAGCGGCAGCCAUUCGACCUCCAAGCCCCCCAAUUCUCGAGACUGAGCCUUUCAAUGCUUUGGUACUUACCGAGCCUCGCUUCGGUCUGACCAUCGAGGAAGUCAAUACUGCCCUUGAACCGGACCUCACGUCCCUGCAAAGCUUCAGUUUCAAGGUUGAUUUUCUCAACGAGGAAGUUCUCAUCAAAGCUACAGUCUCAUACUCCGCCUUUCUCACACCCGUACCCAUGGAGAAGAGCCUAGAGAUUCUCAAACCUCGGAUCGAGCAGACUAUCCGCCGCGAAAAGCUCGCUGAAAGCGUCUUGCUCUGUCACUCAGAUGCCAACGGUGCCAUCUCUCGGCGAGAGGUACCCCUUCGCGCCGGUACUGGAGGAUGGAGUGCCGUAGCUGGACGCGCGGCUUCUAAGCCAAUGUCUUCGUCUUCUACUCCUGCACCUGAAGAGGCAAAGCCCGGACGCAAACUGCUUCUAGGGCUCAAGAAGAAGAGGCCGCAGCAGCCAGAGGCGGGAAAGGUGUGGGCCGCUCUUGAUGGGGAUGUUGAAUGCUAG